AUGAACACCUUUCAAAGGAAUUUAUUAGAGAAUACAUUUCGCCCUUAUCUCGAUUCUACUUUGGUGGCUGCCAUCUUGGAUGACGGGCACGAUUUCGGCGCAUGUUUCGAUAUUCUUAGUAAACUCGCUGAAGAAGCAAAUUUGGCUGAAUGUUUCGCAUAUAUUGAUGGUACCGAAAAUCGCUCCGAAAACGAUAGGAAUAUUAACCAAAGUUCUAACAGUGAACCCUUCAAUAAUAGAGAGGAUAAGCAAAAAAUUCUCAGACAUAGGGAUAAGAGCGAAGCAGCCAUGUAUUCUCUUAAUGGCGUGCACGGGGAAUCUUCCCCUUUUACAUCGGCAGAAUUAGAGGAUCGUCUAGAUAGUCUUGAUUUGAAUGGUGAUUUCUCUGACUCCGGAUCGUCUGCUCAAUUUCUUAAAGGUUGCUUUCCCGUAUUGUCCGAUGAAAAGGUUAAUAAAUUACUUCUCGAAUAUGAUAAUAGUCUCGAAAAAAUUUUGGAUGUCGUAUUGAACGAAAUCUUUUUGGAAUCGGAGCAACUCGACUCGAAAUCGACAUAUUCGUCUUCUGCAUCCACUACUUCAUCCUUUGACACAAGAGAUGAAGAUUACGAUGACGAUUUGUCAUCUGAGGCACGUUUUAAACAUCGCAAGAAGAAACGACGUAGGCAACAAAAGUCCACUCAAAUGUUGCUCCACGUUAAUGCCCUCAUACCUAAUUCGGAUAAUUCCACGUCGACAGUUCAAUCAUCUGCAACGUCAUCAAAUAAACCUUCAAUUUCGGAACCUUCUUCCCCUUUUACGCCAUCAAAUGUACAAAAUCAAUGGAUUAAAUUCGAGAAGGAGAUUCAACAAUUAUCGAAUUCAUUUCCUACUCUCCCUCAUAAAACUAUCGCUUCGACUUUGCAUUCUAAUGGAGGAAAUUAUCAUGAAACAGUAUUGAAAUUGAUUUCAAUUUGUCCAGCAGCACCGUACUGCAAACAACAAUUAUUCAACGAGAAUUUAAAUCAUUUGAAAGCUGUUUUUCCGAAUCAUGACGAGCAAAUCCUUAAAAAAGCACUUAUUGGUACUGGCUCUACCCAAAUGGCAAGCAGUUUAUUAUUACGAUGUUAUGAUAGUGGUUAUGGUAGUAAUGACAGUAGUAAUAUGUCAAGCCCGGAUGAGACUGAUAUAACGAAUUAUGAUUAUUUUAAUGCCGACAAAUUGAAAAGUGACAACCUGAAUUCCGAAAGACCGAAAAAUAACCAUUUCAAGUACGAAAGAUCGAAAAAACAGCUGAAUGUAUCUCGAAGCCCAUUCUUACCAAACGGUGUGCAAUUCGAUCAUGAUACCGGCGAAUAUGUUGUAGCCCAGGGGGAAAUGAAAAAAGGCGCCUCUGAUUUUAAUUUUAAUAUAAAGAACGAAAAACCCCGCGAAAAAACUCGUUCGAUUUCAUCAUCCUCAGCAACUGAGCUAAUGGCGAAAAGGAAUGAGGCUUAUCGGAAGGCUGCAGUAGCUUUUCGGAAGGCAAAAGGACGCAAUGGAGAGGGCGGAAUUGCGUUCUUUUAUUCUGACGAGGGACGUGAGUAUGAUUCCCAAAUGCAACAAUGGAAUUUACGUGCCACUAGAUCCUUGAUAAAACGAGAUAGUGAGGCAAAUAGAGAUCAUGUUCUUUUGGAUUUGCAUGGCUUAACUGUCGCGGAAGCAGUUCUAGUCGUCAAUGAAGGGCUGGCACAAUGGUACUCUAAAGGAAUGAAUCAAAGAUCUCAUACCCCAAUGAAACCCUUAAAGAUUGUCACUGGUUUGGGUAAUCAUUCACCUAAUGGUGUGGCGAAAUUGCCUCCAGCCAUUGCUCAAAUGUUGGCUAGGGACAAGUGGGAUGUGGUUAGACAUCAGGGAUACUUUUUGGUCAGGGGUCGGCAACCAUAA